AUGGAAACAACACCACUUAACAGUAAACACCCCCACAACAUGAUUGUAGAACCAAAUUCGUUGCGUCACAAUUACCAUCGAUUUCUUCGUCUGAAGUAUUUGAAAUGUUGGAGACAGAUCAGCUUAGUUGGUGGGUUCACUUUAAUGCUCAUCGGUGGGUCGAUAUUUUCGUGGAGUUCAUACAAUCGAGAUAUACGUGAAGCCAUGGGCUAUUCUGUGAGUGAACUCAAUAUCAUAUUCUCCGUCGGGUUGUUUGGGGUAUACUUCUCCUUCCUCACUGGGUUUCUAUUUGAUCAUUAUGGUACACGUGGAGCUCUGAUAUAUGCCUUUGUUAUGGGUACUUUAGGGUACCUUUUAUAUGGGUUACAAGUGUAUUUGAAGUACAACACUAGUGCUUAUUUAACAUGCUUUUUCUUCUUCAUAGCGACGCAAGGCUGCUCUGGCUUGUUCCAGUCUGCUGUUCAAACGUCUUCGCACAACUUCCAUCGAAACAUUCGCGGUGCUGUGAUUGGCUUUAUGACUUCAGGGUUUCCACUUUCAGGCUCGAUUUAUUCGGUGAUUUUCACGAGUUGUUUCAAAGACAUUAAUGAUGGCGUUGCAAUGUAUUUGUUUUUCUUGUGCGUCACAACAUGUGUUGGAAGUUUUCUCGGAAUGAUCAUCAUGUUUGUCGUCCCUGUCGAAGAUGUUUUUAAUAGUUCCUAUGGCAAAGUUAAGUUUGGCAAGAUCGAAGGAUUAACAGACCACUUCGUCUUGUCGACGGAUUCUCAAAAUGCUUCGUUGUCGUCUUCCAUAGAAAAUACGCCGCGAGAUCGGGGAUCUUUUGAAUAUAGAAAUGAGAAUCAAGCCAUUUUACCUUCAAAUGUUCUCCAGCAAACCGACGAAAUUCAACACAAUGAAAAUUUGACUGAAAAAGUCAUUGUCUUCGACAACUACGACCAAAGCGAUGAUUUGGACAAUGCGCAUGAAGUCGUUAUUAAAACAGUAAAUCCAAUCGAACAAAUUACAUCAGAAAAAGAUGGUUUAACUCAGCAAAACACUCAAGUUCACACGGAAUUUCAUGAAUCAAAGAAACGUAAAACAACAUGGUUGUCACGAUGUGGAGUGUUAAAAGUCUUCACACGAUUCGACUUUUACUUGGUGAUAUUCUCAGUGGCUCUAGCAGCGGGGCCGUCACUUUCUUUGUUAUCAAAUGUGUCUUUGGUGUUACAAGCAAACAAAGUGAGUGAGGACCGAAUCGAACUGUUGGCUGUGCUCACCUCCAUAUUUCAUGCUGCUGGACGGUUUAUAUUUGGGUGCAGUAGUGACUUAUUAGUCAAGAUUCAUAUCAAUAAAGCGCUUUUAUUAUCUUCUAUAGCUUUUGUCCUAACAACACUCUUCUGUGUACUUGUGUUGUUCCAAGAGAAUGCCUCUGAAAUUAUCAUUUGGAUUGAGCCUUGGUUUUUAGGUGGGAUUCUUGGUGUAGGUCCUUCUUUAGUAUCCGAGAUGUUUGGUAUAUCCAAUUUUGGAUUCAAUUUGGGGGCAAUGUUAACAGUGGUAGCCAUCAGUAACAUUAUUGUCUCUACUCUUUCUGGGCUCUUUUAUGAUUCAAAUAUAACUGAUGGAGAGUCUUCGUGUUAUGGAGACAAGUGUUUUUAUAACACCUUCUUCAUGUCUACAUUCAUGUGUGCUCUGUCUUCUAUUCUCUUCAUGUUCUUAGCCAUCCACGCUUAUUGCUCUAAAAAUAAAAAGUAG